AUGCCAAGCGACGAUCGUUUCGCCGAUGCGGUUAAACCGGCUCUAGAAGCCCUUCUUUCGGACCUCCAGCACACGACUGAAGUCCUCCGCAGAGCUCAUAUCAGCGACCGUCGUUCCCAGGUCGUGAUGAUUUUGGAGGAGAUUCUUAUGAUCUUCAAAGAACUAUGGAGUCUCAAAGUAACGGAAAUGUGUCAAAUUACAAAAGAAGAGCAUCCGAAGGAAGAGAAUAUUCAAAGAGUCCUGAAAGAAUUUAUGAGAAUGGACCAGAACCUAACCAACCAGUCUAUUCUCGUCGUUCAUCUCGUCCAAGUGUUCAGAGUCUUUUGUCUCAAGUCGAGGAACCCAUUCAAGCGAGCAGGCCGUUCUUACUAUUAG